AAUUCAAUCGUGAGCUCAUCUCUCUAUCGAAAAUAAAUAAAUAAAAAGAAUUCUUUUUCGAAACACGUUACGUUACAUUCCACGAAAACACUGAUCGAAGAAAUAUGAUUCUACCCGAAAGUUAGACAAUCAGCAGAAAUUACUCAGUAACAUAGUGUGGCAGUGGCAGUAUGUGUGUUCACGUACUCACGACUUAAUCAUUUAACAACAAUGUGCUUUAUUAUUUAAUUAAAAUAAAACCAGAAUAAUACAGAUAUGAUUGAAACUAUGAAAACAGAACGAUCCUUCGAAAAACUUGGACUUCCACCUAUGGAGUUGGCAGAAUCAACAACUAAUCGUCAAAAUAAUGAGGUUAAAAAUAAAUGGAUACUUUUAAUACAAAAACUAAAAACGACAAUUUUACUUAUUGCACUCGCUGCAGGGGUAUAUGUUUUAUCGCUGAGAUUGUUGGAAAUUUUUGUCGGUACACGUAGCACUGAAAUAUUUGUAGUAACAGGAACAUACGAAUACCCGAACAUUACAUUAUACGAUGGCGACAUGGAAAUAUUUUUACGAUUGAAAAACAAUACUUUAGAAGCAAACAAAAGGAUGAAAAGACAUGUCAGCGAACUAAGCGAUAGCAUAAUAGAGCCUGUAGAAGAGUUCGUUUUAACCGAUGAAGACUUACAGAAUGCAAGAGAAAUAAUAGUAAAACAUGAUUUACUAUGUAAACAUGGUGACAAUGAUGAAACUUGUAUAAAAAUAACUAACCGCUUAAAAGAAAUGGUUUUGAAGCCGAAGCUUAAUAAAGAUCAAAGCAACGAAAUUCCUGUCAUUCCUAAAAUAAAAAUUAAUAGUUUGCAUAGCUUAGAAGCCGAUCGUGAUUUAAAUUCUAACAAUCAUGCUAUUCGUAAUUCUGAGGCAGUAAAAAAACGUGAAAUACAUUCCGUAGCAAAAACACAAAAUAUAUUGGAAUCUGUUCCUCGCACACAACUAGCAUUUGCAGCUCAACCUUCAGAGAAUCAUAUCACUGAUCCAUGUCUAGAGCGUCUCUUGAAGCAAUAUACUCAAGCACGUAACAAUUAUGAAUUGCCUCAUUCUGAAUACGCACCACCUCAGUAUGAGAACCCAACACUCAACAACCUACACCCAAGAUACUACGAUCCGGUCUCGCACCCAGCAUUUCUCCAAGGUCGCGAGGUUGAAGCUAGGAAAAGCAAACUUCAUCCACAAGACGUUGAUAUAUUCAUGAGCCUACUAACUCCCAAGCCCGAAGCUAUUUCCACCAAAAAAAUUGAUGCAGAAGCACGAACUACACUUUGCUCUGAUGGAUCAAAACCAUGUGAUAAUGGUGAAGGAUGUAUAACUGAAAAACAAUGGUGUGAUGGGAAUGUUGAUUGUUCUGAUGUAAGCGACGAAGCUAAGUGUGACUGUAAAUCUAGAGUAGACAAAUCGAGGCUUUGUGAUGGAUACUUUGACUGUCCAUUUGGAGAAGACGAAAUGGGGUGUUUUGGGUGCAGUGAGACUACUUUCAGUUGUUUGGACGUGGAUAUGAAUUCACAGAGUACUUGUUUCACGAAAGAGCAAAGAUGCGAUAAUAUCGAGCAUUGUCCGAAUCAUAGAGAUGAACUUGAAUGUAAUAUGUUAGCUCCAAGCCUUUUAAAAAAGCCUCUAUUUGCAGUGUCAAAUACAGAAGGGUUUUUGCAUAGAAAUCUUAAAGGAGAUUGGUACGCCGUAUGCCAUAAUCCAUAUAUGUGGGCGCAUGACACUUGCCGUCGAGAAACUGGACUUAUAAUAAGACCACCUUUUAUACAAAUAGUCCCUGUUGAUCCGAUGUCGAAAGUCAGUUACUUGAGCACGGGUCCAGGUGGUAUAUUACAAACAAGUGAGACUUGCUUCAACUCUUCCGCCGUUUACGUCACCUGCCCAGAUCUGCUAUGUGGCACUCGAGUCCCAAGCACGUCACAGCUACUGAGAGAAAACGCUGCUAUGGAAAAUAGACUUUUUGGAAGAAAUAAAAGAUUCCUUAUAGAUGGCCAUCCAUAUCCAUUUAUGUUUUUCGGCAACCGACAAAAACGAUCAUUAGUAUAUCAUAACUACGACCUAUUAAAUUACUGGAGAAAUCGCAAUGAGUUAAAUCGACCUUGGUAUAUUAGAAAUAUGCGAUCGGAAAGCCGAGUGGUUGGUGGAAAACCAAGUCAACCCACGGCUUGGCCAUGGACGGUAGCCAUAUACAGAAACGGCAUGUUUCAUUGUGGUGGAGUUAUUAUCACUCAAAACUGGGUUAUAUCUGCUGCGCAUUGCGUACAUAAAUUUUGGGAUCACUACUAUGAAGUUCAAGCAGGUAUGCUUCGGCGUUUCUCGUUUUCACCGCAAGAACAAAACCAUCAAGUAACACAUGUGAUUGUAAACCAGCAUUACAAACAAGACGAUAUGAAAAAUGACUUGUCUCUACUAAGGGUCGAGCCAAUUAUUCAGUUCAGUCGAUGGGUUCGUCCAAUAUGCUUACCGGGACCUGAUACUGCUGGUCCUGAUUGGUUAUGGGGCCCAUCACCCGGUACUAUCUGCACUGCUGUAGGCUGGGGAGCUACAGUUGAACAUGGACCAGAUCCUGAUCAUCUUCGCGAAGUGGAAGUACCAAUAUGGGACAAGUGUAAGCAUGAAGAGGAUAGAGCCGGUAAAGAAAUUUGCGCUGGACCUUCAGAAGGUGGAAAAGAUGCAUGCCAAGGCGACAGUGGGGGACCAUUAUUAUGUCGAAACCCUACGAAUUCUCAUCAGUGGUAUUUAGCCGGAAUUGUGAGUCAUGGGGAUGGUUGCGCUCGUAAAGGUGAACCCGGGGUUUAUACAAGAGUUAGUCUUUUUGUAAAGUGGAUUAAGCAUCAUAUAGCCUCGAAUUCCUUACCAAUAGUCAAGCCUUUACAAGAAUGUCCUGGAUUCAAAUGUAAAUCUGGAAUUUCAAAGUGCAUAUUUAAUAAAAGAAAAUGUGACCAAAUUAUCGAUUGUCUCGGAGGAGAAGAUGAAAUUGAUUGCAAUUUUGUAAAAUCUACUACAACCUUAAGCGAUAACGAGUUUCUUUCUGAAAUGUUUAGAAGCAAUGAAAGAAGUGACCGAAUUGAAAUAAAUCGCAUAACAAAAGGCGCUAAUAUUGAAAAUAACACUUUAAAAAUUAUCCCAAAUACCGAGGCCAGUACAGAAGAAGCGACAUCAACUUCUGUUGCAGUAAAUCGUUAUGAUGACAAAACCACUAUGGAAAAUAACUUUAAACAUGCGUCAACACUCGAACUUCCAUUUUCUUCAAGUUCUGAUGAAUCCCAUUCUGAAUCACAUGAAAAAUCUAUAGGUUUACCUUCAAUGGAAGGAACCCUAUCAAUUUCAGAAGAAAAAACAACAGCAAGCACUACAACAACUUUCGAAGAAAUUUUCAGUAGUACAAUUUUAUCUACAACUGAGGAAUAUCGCGGAGACACAGCAAUUGUCAAUGAAUCACUAGAAUCAGAUUCUACAGAUUUCCAAAAUGCAACAAUGGAUAUGGAAAGCAGUGCUAAUGAUUUUUUUAAAAACCUUAAUAUACUUAAUGCAAGUAAUGUGGAAAAUACAACAAAUACUAGACCAACAGACGAAACUACUAUAACAGAUUCAACGACAAAUAUUCCAACAGAAAGUCAGUUUUCUCAGUUUACUUUGUCGACGGCUGUUACCAUCGACGAAUACAUAAGCAUGAAUGCAAAUGAAAUUGAAAAACUUCACUUGUUAAAUUUAAUUACCAAUAUAUCCAAUACAAAUUCAAAUAAUACUGAUUUUAGAAAUAAAUCUGAAGGUUUAUAUAUCGAACUACUUCCAAAAUCUAAUAUAAGCAUUAUACAAAAUACCGAUGAGGAUGUUAAAGAAACAACUGUAAUCGAACAGCAUAUUACGAGCUCUACUGACAAAGGGCCUCUAAAAACUCUGAUCGAUAUCGAAUCAAAGCAUGAUAUCAUAAAAAAAAUCGAAAAAAUAGUUUUCUCUCAAAAAAUGCCAGCAAAAAUAAGAAGAAGGCACCGUAUUCCCAAGGACUUCGAAUGUGGAAAGAUUCACCAAGUCAUUUCGUACAAUCUAAGAUGCGACAAUAAAGCGGACUGUGAAGAUGGAACUGAUGAACUUGGAUGCACAUGUAUUGAUUAUCUAUCGACUAUAAAUGAGAAAUUUCUUUGUGAUGGCAGUUUUCAUUGCGCCGAUGGACAAGAUGAACUUGAUUGCUUCAGCUGCCCUGAAGACCAUUUUCUGUGUAAAAGAAGUAAAUUGUGCAUACCACUGAGUAAUGUAUGCGAUGGAGUACCUGAAUGUCCUCAAAAUGACGACGAGUCGGACUGCUUUGCUUUAACGAAUGGCAAAGAACUCCAAUACGAAAUCGAUGAUAGACCGCAAAUCAAUCUAGAAGGAUUUGUGACGAAGAAACAUUUGAAUCAGUGGCAUGUUGUUUGCGAGGAUAAACUGACUAUUGAGCAAAUAGAACAAGAAGCUAAUCAUAUUUGCCAUUACUUGGGAUUCAGUUCAGCAAGAACAUAUUCUGUGAAGUAUAUUAACAUUAAAGAAGAUGACGUUUUAUUGAUUGAUAAAAGAACGAAAAGACAAAUAGUUACUACAGUCCCUGUGCAUUUUGCUUAUAAAAAUAUUAGCGAUGGUGUUAAUGCGACUGAACAUGUACUCAUUCAAGAACCACAAUUACUCAAAGAACAAUGUGUCCCAAAUGUAACGAAAACAUGCAAAUCUUUGUAUGUUUUCUGUGAUAGAACAUUAUAUACUGAUUUUGAUGAGACACCACUUUUCUUGCGUGAAACAGAAGUUGUACAAACAUUUAAGUGGCCUUGGAUUGCGAAAGUAUAUGUAGAGGGAAAUUAUAGAUGUACUGGCGUUUUAGUUGACUUGUCAUGGGUGUUAGUCAGCCACGCGUGUCUCUGGGAUACGUCACUUCACAGCUAUAUUUCUGUGGUUCUUGGAUCACAUAAAACUUUGAAGUCUGUAAAGGGACCAUAUGAACAAAUCUACAAAGUCGACGCUAGGAAAGAUUUAUACAGAAGUAAAAUUUCGUUGUUGCAUUUAAAAAGUCCCGCAACUUAUUCAAAUAUGGUAAAACCGAUGAUUGUAGCAUCCACCCGCAAUCAUUUGGAGAAAAAUAAUAAAUGUGUUACUGUGGGGCAAUUCGAUAACAACGAAACUAUUAGUAUUUUCCUGGAGGAAACUAAUGAAAACUGCAGCUCUCAUAACAUAUGUUUCAAACGCAAAUCAAUUGGAAAUACUGCUGGAAUGACAUCUAAUCAUGAAUGGGCUGGAAUUAUAAGCUGUCAUACUGAACAAGGCUGGGUGCCAGUUGCAUCUUUUGUAGAUGGUAGAGGAGAGUGCGGCAUAGGCGAUCAUAUACUUGCUACUGAUAUAGACAACCUGAAAAACGAAAUGAAACAUUACUCGAGUAAGAAAAUAUUUUCGGACUCAAUGGAGCAGGUAGACGUAGAUACUUGUGAAGGGACAAGGUGUGGUCGGGGCUCGUGUAUUGGCUUGGAGCGAAUAUGUGACGGUGUAAGACAGUGUGAAGAUGGAAACGACGAAUCCGAAGAAUCCUGUCAUAAAAAAGAACACAUCUGUAACGGCGAUCCGUUCCAUUCGGGAUGUGGGUGUUCAUCGGGUCAAAUGAAAUGCCGUAACGGUAAAUGCUUGUCUAAAGAGUUAUUCAGAGAUGGUCAUGAUGACUGUGGGGAUGGAACAGAUGAGCCUGGUCACACCACGUGCUCGGAUUAUUUGGCAAGAGUUAUGCCUUCGAGACUUUGUGAUGGAAUCUUACACUGCCAUGACAGAAGUGAUGAAGAUCCGAGCUUCUGUAAAUGCUUUGCUAAAAAGGCAUACAGAUGUAACAGAAAAUCGCGUCAAUCAGAACAGUGUGUAGCUCCUGAUAUGUUGUGUGAUGGUGUAAGAGAUUGUCCAAAUGGAGAAGACGAACAAACUUGUAUAGGUCUCAGCGCACCAGAGGGAACUCCCUACGGAACUGGACAAGUAAUUGUUCGGUCACACGGCGCAUGGCAUUCUAAGUGCUAUCCCACGCAAAACCACACUAAAUCAGAGUUAGAAGCCAUUUGCAGAGAACUUGGUUUUAUAAGCGGCCACGCGAAGGAAAUCAAAGGGAUGAAAAUCCUCCACCCACACAAUAGCCUACUUUUAGAUCCUUUCAGAGAAGUCGUUUUGAACAACAACACUGUUAUUAGAAUGAGAAACACGCACGAGCCACUGGCAAAACCCAUUUUUAACAAAGACAUAAUUAAUUGUUACCCAGUUUUUAUAGAAUGUUAUUAAGUUUUCAUAUACUUUCUAGUAGAUAUAUUUAUUUAGCGUGGUAACUUACGUUUUUUUCAAUUUUACUCUAAAUGUAAUAAAUAUUUUAAGAUUACUAUCUCAA